AUGGAGGAAGUUGAAGCUGCAAACAAAGCAGCAGUGGAGAGCUGUCAUAGAGUCUUGAAUCUCUUGUCACAACAAAACAAUGAUCCAAAAUCCAUAGUGGUUGAAACUAGAGAAGCUGUUUCCAAGUUUAAGAGAGUUACCUCUCUUUUGUCUAGUGGGUUAGGUCAAAGGAAGAUUAAGAAACUCAACAACAACUACUACAAGCUUAGUUCUCAUAUGUUUCCCCAACACAUCUUCUUGGAAAGUCCUGUUUGUAGUAACAAUGCUAUAAGUGGUUGUAUUCCAAUUCUAGCACCAAAGCCUCUUCAGAUUGUACCACCUGUUGCUCCUAGUUAUAGUGAACAGAGACAGGCUCAUCCUCCACCUAUGAUGCUUAACCAGAAAAUGUGUGUUGACAAGUCCUUUCUGGAGCUAAAGCCACCUUCCUCUCGAGCUGUUGAUCAAAACCCAUUUAAGUUUAUCCGUAACCACCAGCAAGGAGUGUACUCUCGGAGCAAUAGUGGUUUAAGUCUGAAGUUUGAUGGGCCUGGUGGGAGUAGUUGUUAUUCCCCUAGUGUCUCAAACGGAUCAAGAUCUUUUGUUUCAUCUCUUAGUAUGGAUGCUAGUGUUACGGAUUACAAUAGAAACUCGUUUCAUUUGAUCGGAUUACCUCAAGGAUCAGAUCAAAUCUCCCAGCAUUCAAGGAGGACAAGCUGCUCUGGUAGUUUAAAAUGUGGAGGUAGGAGCAAAUGCCAUUGCUCCAAGAAAAGGAAGUUGAGAGUGAGAAGAUCAAUAAAAGUACCAGCAAUUAGUAACAAGAUUGCUGAUAUACCUCCGGAUGAAUAUUCAUGGAGGAAGUACGGACAAAAGCCAAUAAAAGGUUCUCCUCAUCCUAGGGGAUAUUAUAAAUGCAGCAGUAUACGAGGUUGUCCAGCAAGGAAGCAUGUUGAACGAUGUGUAGAAGAAACUUCGAUGUUAAUUGUGACUUAUGAAGGUGAGCAUAACCAUUCGAGAAUACUCUCUUCCUAA